GCGAACAGGUUUCGUCAGAGCCAAGCGCGAAAUACAUCGAAAACUCAAGGUCAAUAUCAAUCCAAGGAUACCAUCAUUAUGCCCGACUACGAGACUGGACAGACCGUUCGCUAUAAGCCGGUCGGCGGCCCCGAUUCCAAGACUUCAGAGUCCGUUGGUGUCAUCAAAAGCGUCUUAACUGAGCCAGGCCGCCAGGCCGAUCGCAAUGUCGACGCCAGCGAGGACUAUCCCCGUUACGAGAUCGAGAACAGCAACACUGGCAAGACGACAACCAUUUACGAGGCUAAUAUUCUGGGAAAAGCUUGAAGACCGGAAUGGAAACAAUUGUAGUUCUUCAAUAACUGAGAUGUCCUGCAAUGUUAAUGUUUUCGGCCC